ACUGGGCACAGAGAAGCAGACCCAAAAAAAGCUGAGGUCAUUGUUAGAGAGGCGACAUCCUGCAGUAGACGGACAAAGCAUAGGAAGAAAAAAAUACCCAGACAAAAAAUCUUCCCCCAGUCGUGUCGAAACUGAGAAGUGAGAAAGAAAGCAGAAUGAGCUACACAAGCCCUGUGGCCAAGGCGGGUGAUGUACCCCCCUCCUGCACCACCAUCAGUGACAUCGCCAAACGAGUCCUGAGGCCUGGUGGGGGGGCCGUCACUGGUCAAGCCGUCUACGCACCAGCGUCUUUCGUUGACAUGAGGCUUCCCUAUGUAUACGUGAACCCAGAGGUGACGAGAUACCUGCAGAUCAUCAACGCCUUUGACUGCCAACAAAUCACGUACCAGGGACUGCCCAACAUCUACUGGAACUCCUACUACAGGAGGAUGGACAGCUUCCAGUUCCUGGACAACGGGAACUACACCUGGUCCUACCAGUGCUACUGUGACUUUUGCUACUCCUGCAAAGAAUGCUCCACCAAAAUCGGUUAAUUACCUCGACAGGCUUGAACCUGGGUAAUUAGCA